AUGACUGGGUUUUGCUUGGAAACUGAAUUGGCGUUUGCCAUAGAAGUUGCAGAAGAAGAGCUCGAAGAUGGAUUAGGUCCAGUUGGUAUUGGUUUACCUUUACCUUGUUUUGGUGAUCCUGAUGGAGAUGAUCCUGAACCUGUGGCAUAUCCUUUUCCGUUAUUGUUUGUGGUGGACUUUGAAGAUGAAAAUGAUUUAGUUACACUAUUUGAGGGUCCUUUUGAAUUUCCACCAGAGCCAGAAUUAGAGCUAGAACCAGAAGCACUUGAUCCUGAAGUGGAAGUUGAAGUUGAUCCUGAACUAGAACCUGAACCCGAUCCAGUGCUUGAUUUAGGACCUUUACCUGAUUUUGAUGCAUUAUUGUUAGAUGAUGAAGCAGAAGAGCCAGUGGAAGAUUGA